GGGAGUGAUGAGGGGUCACGUGAUGCCGCAGUGACGUGUCUGGUCAUCUGACACGGAGGAAGAGAAGGAGCUUACUUACUUAGACGCUGUGUGAGAGCGGAGAGCCGGCGACCAUCAUGGCGAGUCAGUCAGCGGGGAUCCAGCAGCUGCUGCAGGCGGAGAAGAGGGCGGCAGAGAGAGUGGCGGAGGCCCGGAAACGAAAGAACAGACGUCUGAAACAAGCCAAGGAGGAGGCCCAGGCUGAGAUUGAGCAGUAUCGGCUGCAGCGCGAGAAGGAGUUCAAAGCUAAAGAGGCUGCAGCUUUGGGCUCUCACGGUAGCUGCAGUGAAGGAGUGGAGAAGGAAACCACCGAGAAGAUCAUCGUCAUACAGGAGAACUAUCAGCAAAACAAGGAGCUGGUUGUAGAGCAGAUACUGUCCCUAGUGUGCGAUAUAAAGCCAGAGAUUCACAUCAACUAUCGUGUAAAUGGUUAAAGCCCCUCACGUGUUCACGGGUCGGCUCGUCUCUCCUCCAUCGCGGACCUUGGCUAUUUAUCGUUCCCGUGCACAUGAGAUGCUUUUUCCUGGAUUUAGCACUGCCCCCAUUGUAGUCUAUGCAAAACUAUAAAUGUAAUGGGUUAAUGGAGCCACGCAUGGCUCUCAGUAGGAUGAUAGAGAUUUUACCACGAGCCUUACACAAGGGGUUAACACGACAUGUGAUUUCUAGUUACUUGAAAGGGGAACCAAAGAUAGGAAUUGCACUGCGGGGGAAAAAAUAAUUUGUCACGUCUUGUAGUUUUGAGGAAGGAGUAUGUCUUAAUCCCGUCUUCCUCAAGAUUUUCUACCAGUUGUCUUUAGUUGGCAUUUGCUCGUCUACCUUUUAAAAUUAAAAUAUUUUCCAUUUUCCUUCA